CACUGCGAUAAGUCAAUACAGUGCUCCAAUAUUGUAACUUUAUUUUAAGUUAAAUACUGUACAAAGUAAUAUCAACCUUAUCUACGUGGCAAUAGAGUAUUCAAUUAGUGUAACUCAUUUGCGCACCGCACCUGCUAAGCGAGGAUUGCUUGCAUAAGGAUUGUAGUAUAUGCAAAAACAGCAGAACAAAUGGGAUCACCAAUUGGCAAUAAAUCAACGUCGAAUCCUGACCUGUCAGACAAUACGGAUACGUCCUAUGUAAAUGUUAGAAAAAGGAAAAACCGCUUGGACUUCGACGACAUGACGUCACUUGAAUCAGGUAUACGUGAGAUGCUUAAUAGCUUCAAAGCCGACAGGGAUGCUCAAAAUACGAAGUUAUAUGAAGCAAUUGAUGACUUGAAGGCACAAAACAAAGAAAUCAUCAAGACCAACAGCAAUAUUGAGAAAAUUAUGGAAAACACGACAUUGCUGUGCAACAAGUUGAAUGAAAAAUAUGAGAAAAUGUCAACUGAACACGAUAAUGCGAUGAUAAAAAUAAACAGCCUUGAAGAACAAGUGGAAGCCUUGCAGAGGGCUCAAAGUGCUACAAUGGUAGAAAUAAGAAAUAUUCCUGAUGCCGGAAAUGAGGAUUUGAGUGAUUUAAUUGCUAUAAUGCAUGGUGCAUUAGGACUUCCAUUCUCUCCGAAUAACCUCAAGCAUGUUAGGCGUUUAAAGACUUCUCCCCAAAAGCAAAUAAUUGCAGAGUUCCAGACAGUGCAGCAAGGCACUGCUUUGCUCCAAGCCGUAAAAGAAUAUAACAAAUUGCAUCCAGGUGACAAAUUUAAUACGAUGAAUCUGAACAUAGAAGGCGAAAAGCAGCCAGUUUAUGUAUCGGAAUCUCUAACUCCGCGAGCCCGAAAGCUUCACUACUUCGCACGUAACCUUCGUAAAAACCAUAACUAUAAACACUGCUGGACCCGGAAAGGAAACGUGUUUGUCAAACAAACGGAUGCCUCCCAGCUAGGUACGGUUGGCAACCCUACUCCCAGCCCAUCUUGA